AUGGCCUCGACAACGACAUCACAGUCGCCGUGGUCGUCUCACGGCAUCCGAGCUGCCGAGUCGAGCUCCGAUCCGGAGAGCGACUCCGACAGCUCUACAACCGAAGAACACGCCCCUGCCGUUGUGAAGUCGCCGACCAAACUAUGUUACAACAUCGAAGACCUGCCUGCGGACCUGCAGGGGAGCGUCAGGGAAGCCUUCAGGGACCCUCCCAGACUGACCCUGCAGUAUUGUCGCUUUCGGGACGAUGUUUAUGCUUUUCAAAUGACCGAACUGGUUCCGCGCAGCAUUCGCAUCGGCUCCCCCGAAAGCAAUUUCCCGAAUCCCAAGUGCUCCUGUGCGCAACAAGGUGGAAAUCCGUGCAAGCAUCUCCUAUGGCUUCUCGAUCAGGUCGUCAACCAGUCUCUCGGCGAAGAACAUUCCGGUUCCACCCUCACCAUGACGCCGGCCGGCUACCCACAAGAAGUCGGAGACCCCUACACCAGCAUCACCGACUUGCAUCUCGAUCUCCUCGCCGAUGGCCUCCAUUGUGACCUUGUCCGCCCGCGUUCCGAUGAUGACGAUGCGGAUGCACCCAACCCUUGCCGGGUCCAGGAGGCCCGUGAACUCCUCGCCUCCGUCGCUGCAGUCCCCCCAGAGGAGUACCGCCCGGAUAUAUUUGAUCAUCCCACUCCGGGGACGAACCUGAUCAAGCGACGAGACCUCGAGUGCACCGUUUUCCGUAUGCUCCUCGACAAUAACGAUUUCUUCCACUACUUCCUAUCUCUCGCCCGCUCAUCCGACCCCGCCAGGGAUCCCUUCCGCAAACUCGAACAGCGCGUCCAGUGUGUCCUCCGCCACCUUGACCAUCACUCUGCCUCCCAGACCGAGUCGUCAUCUUCGUCGUCUUCUUCUGCCCGUCCGUCCUCCUCGGCGGCCGGGAGACCAUGUGACGUCCCCUGGGCGGCGCGCCGCAUCCUCGCCGUCGUCUCUCGCAUCAAGUCCAAGAUCAUGUGGCGCGACGCCCCGCUUGCCCCCUGGGAGCGCACUUCCGCCGCACGCGCUCUCGUCCGCAUCCUCGCCUCCGCCGUCGACCGCAACCGCGACUCGUACCCGGCGACGGGGCCUCUGGCCGAGAGGAACCUCUACGCGCGUCUCGUAGGCGAUGCCCGGGGCGGAGACUUCGUGGUCGGCGUUUUGCUCCUGCUGCCUGAUGCCGCUGCUCCAUUCCUGCACGAGCUUGAGGUCAUCGCGGAGGCGAUCGGUGUCCAUGGCGCCCCCGCUGCGUAUGCUGAGAAGCUUGAGAGGUUACUCGCGAGUUUGAAGAAGCCGGCAAGUGGCGUCAGCGGUGGUGACGGCAUCGGCGCUUCCAAAAGGCAAGGACCUCACGGCGGCCAGGGUUCGCACGACAGAGGGUCGAAGCGGGUGAAGUGA